CCCGCGAAUUAAACCACGUACGUAGUAACUAACUUCCUCACCUUCCCCGUUAAUGAUUAUAAUUAGGCAUCUUUGAUCAAUAAUAACCCUUCACCCCUUCCUCCCCGGCACCCUUCAUUUGGCUAAUCCCUAAAUUAGUCUUAAUCUCUUAUUCUCACCCUCCCUCCCUCCCCAUCCAUUUAUGUCCACCUCGUUGUGCCCCCUCCAGCCUCUUGCGCGGUGAGCGGGGAAAAAACGAGAGAGCUUUAGUCUCCCUGACCUUGAGCUCCUAAUCUCCCCCGUCACCGCCCACCACCACCAUCACCCUCGCAAUAAUAUCGCUCUUCGCCUCCUCAAACAAUCUUUACAUCAGCAGCAAGAAGGCCAGUGACCACGAUGACAUACAACACCCAUCCGUUCCAGCUGCUGGAGAUCAACGUGAUCUCGGCGCAGGACCUGGCGCCCGUGUCGAAGUCAAUGAAGACGUACGCGGUGGUUUGGGUCCACCCGGAGCGCAAGCUGAGCACCAAGGUCGACCAGGGAGGCAACACCAACCCCCAAUGGAACGAGAAGUUCGUCUUCCGCGUCGACGAAACCUUCCUCAAUGCUGACACCUCCUCCGUCAUGAUCGAGAUCUACGCCGCCGCCUGGCUCCGCGACGUUCAGAUCGGCUCCGUCCGCGUCCUCAUCAGCAACCUCUUCCCCUCUGGCAACCAUAACAACCACAACAACAACAAUGCCAAGAUGCGGUUCGUUGCGCUCCAGAUCCGACGUCCCUCCGGUCGCCCCCAGGGGAUCCUCAAUAUGGGGGUGCAGCUCCUUGACAACACUAUGCGCUCCAUGCCGCUCUACACCGAGCUCUCCGCAUCGGGCGUUGGCCUCAACGACCUUAUCGACGCCAAGGCCUCUGCGGGGGCAAAGAAUCUCGAGGAGAAGACCGCCAGGCUCCGCCGCACCAAGAGCGACCGCACCGACCUUACCUCCACAGAUCACGACACCAAUGCCCCCCGCGCCCGCGGCUACGGCAGCAGCUCUAUGGUGGGGCCCAGCACUGGUGGCGGUGGUGGCUCCUUGGUCAACUCCUCCAUUCUACCCAGAAAUAAGGACCAUAACAAUCACCAUAAUUAUAAUAAUAAUAAUAAUAAUAAUGGCAAUGGUAACGGGAGCAUGGUGAACGGUGGGUCCCAGUGCUCGGACGUGGGGCCGUCGGCAUCGGUGGUGGCGGCAGCGAUUGCGCAGGGGUUGAUCAAGCCGCCAGCUGGCCACGGGGAUGCGGGGAGCUCGGUGCUGGAGGAUUGGACGGAAAACGACAGUGUAGAAGGGCUGAGGACGAAGCUGGAGAGGUGGAGGACGGAGCUUCCGCCGAUCUACGACACCGACGUCAAGAAGAUGCAAUCCAGGAGCAGGAGGAAGGGGAACCACCAGCGGCGGAAGUCGGAAGGCACGAGGUUAUUCUCCUGCUUCGGGAAUGCAUGCGGCUGCGAGAUCACCAUCACAUGCGGCGGAGGUGGAAAGAAGAAGAAGAAUGGAGCUAAUGGAAAUAAGCACGGUGGUCGACAACACUCCAGCUCUGUUGAUAGCCAAUCCUAUUUUUAACUUCUUGAAAAAGGAACACACAUUAUAUUUGAGGCGACACAGGGGAAGAAAUGCAAAACUUUAGGUGGCGAAAGGUAAUUUAGAGGGAAACGACAAAAAAAGGGGUUCCGUAACCGGAAGAAGAAGCAAAAGAAAAAGGAAAUUAUGCACUUGGUGAAUGGCUAAUUUUCAAGGUAAUUUAUGGAGGUAAAUAUGGGAAUUAGGGUUUGUAAAGGGAGUUUAAAUUGUUUUUUGUUUAAAAAGAAUUAUUACAAGGGGUGACAGGGAGCCCAAACGAACCCUAGAAACUGUCUGUUCUGAUGAUCAAAGUGGUGAUGGCUGUUUAGAGGGUAGGGAGAGAGAGAGACAUCACUCUUGCUUUUGUUUCUUCCUCAUUUUGAACAAACAUUUUUCUUCUUCUUCUCAUCACCAUGAUUGGUUUAUGAUGCAUUUCAUCAUUUUCGUUGAUGAAAAUAUUUUACUUUUGUUCUUUGGAGGGUUGUUUAUACUUUUAUUUUAUUUAUUAUAAUAUUUAUCGAUAUUCCCCCUCUCAUGAUUGUGGGGAAUUCCUUAAUUGAAGAGAGGCAAGGUCGGACUAAUUACAUAUAUAUUAUUUUCUUUGUUUUCACUUAAUUUGUAUUUGAUUACCAGGUAUGAGAUAUGAUUAUGAGGCUCAAACUCUCAUCUAUACUCUAAAAAACGGAUACAUUUUAUCAAUGACAUAUUGAUACAAAAAAGUAGUAAUUAUUCAAUCACUAAAAAUCUUGAAAAGGAACCUACACCAUUAGAGUUUUCUCAACAUUUUAACCCAUGCAAUGAUGCAAAAGAGUCAAAUCCUAUAAAAAUUUUAUAAUCAC